GAGAUCAUGGUGCUGGAUGAGCUGUGGACGGCGCUGGCUGGAGCCUCCGGGGCUGCCCUGGCUUGCUGCUUCGUGGCAGCGGCGGUGACCCUGCGCUGGUCCCGACUCAGGACGGCGCGGGGCGCGGCGGCCCGGGCCCGACAGAGGCAGCAAGCGGGCCUGGAGACCAUGGACAAGGCGGCGCAGCGCUUCCGGCUCCAGAACCCGGACCUGGACUCAGAGGCGCUGCUGGCCCUGCCCUUACUUCAGCUGGUGCAGAAGUUACACAGUGGGGAGCUGUCCCCAGAAGCUGCUCUCUUUACCUAUAUUGGAAAGGCCUGGGAAGUGAACAAAGGGACCAACUGUGUGACCUCCUACCUGGCUGACUGUGAAACUCAGGUGUCCCAAGCCCCACGGCAGGGUCUGCUCUAUGGUGUCCCUGUGAGCCUCAAGGAGUGCUUCAGCUACAAGGGCCAGGACUCCACGCUAGGCUUGAGCCUGACAGGGGUGCCGGCAGAAUGUGACAGCGUGGUGGUGCAGGUGCUGAAACUGCAGGGUGCCGUGCCCUUUGUGCACACCAACGUCCCCCAGUCCAUGUUAAGUUAUGACUGUAGUAACCCCCUCUUCGGCCAGACCGUGAACCCAUGGAAGUCCUCCAAGACCCCAGGUGGCUCCUCAGGGGGUGAGGGGGCCCUCAUCGGCUCUAGAGGCUCUCUGCUAGGCUUAGGCACUGACAUCGGAGGCAGUAUCCGAUUCCCUUCUGCCUUCUGUGGCAUCUGCGGCCUCAAGCCUACAGGAAACCGACUCAGCAAGAAUGGCCUGAAGGGCUGUGUCUAUGGACAGGUGGCAGUGCAAGUCUCUGUUGGCCCCAUGGCCCGGGAUGUGGAGAGUCUGGCGUUGUGCUUGCGAGCCCUGCUGUGUGAAGACAUGUUCCGUUUGGACCCCACUGUGCCUCCCCUCCCCUUCAGGGAGGAGGUCUACACAAGCUCCCGGCCCCUAAGAGUAGGGUUCUAUGAGACUGACAACUAUACCAUGCCCAGCCCAGCCAUGAAGCGGGCGCUGCUGGAGACCAAGCAGAGCCUUGAGGCUGCUGGUCACAUGCUGGUUCCCUUCUUGCCAAGUGACAUACCUCAUGCUCUGGAGAACCUGUCGACAGGAGGGCUCUUCAGUGAUGGUGGCCAGAGCUUCCUCCAGAGCUUCAAAGGUGAUUUCGUGGACCCCUGUUUGCGGGAACUGAUCUUAAUUCUAAAGCUGCCCAGGUGGCUUAAAGGACUGCUGGCCUUCCUGCUGAAGCCUCUGUACCCACGGAUGGCGGCCUUUCUCAGCAGCAUGAGGCCUCGGUCGGCUGGAGAGCUCUGGGAACUGCACCAUGAGAUUGAGAUGUAUCGCAACUCUGUGAUUGCUCAGUGGAAAGCGCAGGACCUGGAUGUGCUGCUGACCCCUAUGCUGGGCCCUGCUUUGAACUUGAAUGCUCCAGGCAGGGCCACAGGAGCCAUCAGCUACACUCUGCUCUACAAUUGCCUGGAUUUUCCUGCGGGGGUGGUGCCUGUCACCACAGUGACUGCUGAGGACGAGGCCCAGAUGGAACACUGCAGGGGCUACUUUGGGGAUAUCUGGGACAGGAUGCUGCAGAAGGCCAUGAAGAAGAGCGUGGGGCUGCCUGUGGCUGUGCAGUGUGUGGCUCUGCCUUGGCAGGAAGAGAUGUGUCUGAGGCUCAUGCGAGAGGUAGAGCGACUGAUGACUCCUGAAAAACGGCUAUCUUAAGGGCCACCUGCCUGCCUUGCUACAGAGGACCUGAGAUCCACAUGCUCUGUGGCCCAGCCUAGUCAGGACACUCUGCUGCCUCACAAAGAAGUGCUCAGCAUGGGGCAGAGGCUUGCACAUCCCUUCCUUUGUAGACGUGCAGAAACCCUCCCCCACCAUCUGGACCUUUCUUCCCCUCUGGUCCCCUCUUCACCCUGAUCCCUCACCUAUGUGGCAGCCAGCCUAUAUACCAUGAACCAAGGCCCACCAACAGUCAACAGUUCUUCAUCUGUGCACUGUCUGGGUAUUACCAUUAGGGUGUUUGGGGCUGGAGCCUGUUGAGAAGUGGCUUUCCACAGCCAGCUGCAGCCAUGUCACUUUCCUGCUCCAAAAUCACCCUGGCAUCUAUAACCCACAGGAUGUCCCUGGCACUUCACUCUGGACACUUCUUUCUUGCUUGGACUCAGCCCAGCUUUGCUGGACACUGCCCUGGUUCUCCUUCCUUCCUUUGCUCCUUUUCUCUGCUAACAUGCCCUUUCUGCUCCUCUGUUGCUCAACCCUUUGAGGCCCAACUUGAAUUCCUCUUUCUCCAGGAUGCCUGCAAUUCUUCCUCAGGGCCCUGAAGGGUUUGGGCUGUUUCCUCCUAGUCUGCUUUAUAUGGGGGCAUCUGUGGUGAGUCUAUCUCCCUGAGCACACUGACUCACCUCGAUGGCAGGAGACUCCACUGCUACAUCUUUGUCUUCCAUGGUCAGCACAGGGCAGCAGGGGAAGUGCCAGAGUUGAGUGGACACAGCUGGCCCUAAGCUGGUGUUGUUGGGCAGAGGAACCCACCAGCCUGAGGAGGAGAGCACAAAGCAAGGCAAUCUGGUCAAGGAUGCUCACAGAGCCCACCAAGGCCUGGAUUGCUCUAAGAAGGCAUCCUGGAGGAUGGGAGGAUCUGUGUUAAGUCUAAAAGUUCUGGGAGGCUGAGAUAAGGGAUAAGAACAUCCAAGGGAAAAGGGGCAGUAUACCAAAGACCAGGGUGAUCUUGGCAAUGGCAGGCAUGUUGAAUGAACACAAGGGAAGCAGAGAUGCAGGUGAGGCCAGAUCAAGGUAGACCUGGAGUCAGGAACUUGAGCUCUGUCUCAAGGGAGAUGAGGGUUCUUGAAGGUUGUCAUACAGGUUCAGUGAGGAGGGCAGAUUGGAAGGGCAAAGACUGGGGAAGGAUAAGGACAUUUCUCCAUGAUCCCUAAUCUGGGGAGAGGGACCUGAGGCCUGAGCUGUUGCCCAGGGCAGAGAGGGGCUGUCUGGGAAUUGAAGUGAGUUGUCUCAGCCCUGGCCAGACUACCAGCUCAUCUCUUACUGGAUUGCAUUGCCUGACAGGUGAAGGGCAGCUGGUCUGUGGCAGACUAGGAGUUUCUUGCCUCCCUCAGGCAAGAAUACCCUUCAGAAUACCCUGAUCUUCCUUGGUCCCAGCUCUAACUCUGCUGACUGGUGAUGUGUCAGGGUCUGUGCUCUGGGAGCAUGGCAGGCCCCUGGCUCCCAUCUAACCUGUUUCACAUUCUUUACAGAGCAAAUUGCUUACCCAAGACUUCCUUCUCUAGCCUGAUUGUUCUACUCCACCAGAAGUGCUUUUCCCUUUACGACUGUACCCAGUGGUGACUGCAGUCUACCAAUGCUCUCUGCCCUGAGAGGAGCCAGUCACAUGCAGUCACUGCAAUAAUUUCCAAACAGGACCUCCAGCUUCCAUCCUCAUCUGUCCCCAGUUCAUUCUCAAUAUAGUAGCCAGAAUGAUCUUUCAAAAGUGUCAGAUUGAGUUAUUUCCUGCUUAAGACUUCCAUAGCUUCCCAUCUGGCCUAGAAUAAAAUCUGUCUCCUCCUCGUGUCUUUUUUUUCUUUUUUUUUUUUCUGGUGGCACUGGAGUUUGAACUCAGGGUCUUAUACUUGCUAGGCAAAUUCUCUUACCACUUGAGCCAUGAUCCCAGCUUCCUCCUUGCAUCUUACAAACCUGUGGGAUAUAGUUCUUGGGGGUCUCUUCCUCCCAUUCCCUGUGCUCCAGCCACAUGAGCACCUUUGGUUUCUUGAUCAUCUUGAGCUGGUCCCUGCUUCACUGGUACUGGCGUUUUUGAACUCAGGGUCUCAUGCUUGCUGGACAGGCACUCUACCAUUUGACCACUCCACCAGCCCCUUGAAGCUUUCUUGUUAGUUACUCCCUCUGCUUGGCCCACUUGGCCUCAGUGUCACCUUGCCUGAUCACCUGCUUGUAAAGGUCUCCUCUGUCACUUUCUAUUGUCACCCUUUUUAUUUUGUUCAUAGCAUUAUCACUAUCUGAAAUCAUUUAUGUUACGGGUUUUGUCUUCUCCACUAAAGCAACCAUACUGUUUCUUAUUGGUGACUAUAUUCUUGGUAUGAAUGGCACACAGAAGGUGCUUGAUUAAACCAGUGAAGUUAAAUGAGCAUUUGCUAGUGGCCAGACACUGUGUUGAGUGCUGGGACUGCAGUGGUGGGUGAGACAGGUGUGGUUCUUGUCUUCAUGGGGCUUAAAUUGUGGAAGAUUUUUCUCAAAAGAGGGAAGGGAGAAAUGAAGACCCUACAGGAAAAAAGGAGAAAAGGCAUCUUGAACUACAUUUACUGAGUCCUUACUAUGAGCCGCCUACCUUCUGGGCACUGGGUCAUCAUGUCAUUUAAUCCUCCUGUUAACCCUAUUAUAGGCAUUUUUAAAGGUACUUACAAACUUUCAAACUUAAAUUAAAAAGCAAAAGAAAUAAUCAGAAAAAAUUACUUGAAAGUAGUCAGGUGUGAGUGGCUCAUGCCUAUAAU